UGUAAGCCGAUCCGCUGGAGACGCCAAUUUGGAGGUCAGGCGCAGAUUUUGCCGCUCAUCAGUGCAUCGGCUUUGCGAGUGGGCAGUAUAAAUAGACACAACGUGGCCACUGCAGCAACAGUUCCACAUAGCCAACUACCUUGACUAGCUCGCCAGGAUGCAGUGCUACAUUUGGUUCAUAGCCACAGCCGCCUUGUGGAGCGUCGCAGCGGGCGCUGGCUCGAGACCCAUUAUUGGCCCCGCCCGGCGUGGCUAUCAGGAGCAGGAUACCGCACGUGCCUUCUACUCGUACGGCUACAGCGAUGAGAAUGCGGCGCGAGCGGAGUACACAGCCCGCGAUGGCUCCUCGCGUGGCUUCUACUCCUAUGUGGAUGCCAAUGGCAAGCUGCAGACGGUCAAGUACGAGGCGGGCGGUCGUCAGGGCUUCAAGGCGGAGGCCAGCAAUCUGCCCAAGCCGCCCGUCGACGACAAGAAGCCGGUGACGGACACGGCGGAGGUGCAGCUGGCGCGCCAGGCACAUCUCAGCGCCAUACGCGAGGCACAGGACAAGGAGCGGGCUGCCAAUCUGCACGAACGGGCGCAACAAAACGAGGAGCAGCCUCUAAGCGACGAGGAUGCCGACGUAUUAGAACGUGUGCGCGCAGAGCUGGCAGCCAUGCUGGCGGAGCGGCAGCGAGGCGAGGAAGAGGCACAGAACGAGGCCGCAAACGAGGCUGCGGAGAACAGGGAAAGUGAACGGGAAAGGGAACGAGAACGGGAGAGGGAGCGGGAACGGGAACGUUCGCGGGAACGGGCGCGGGAUCAGGAACAGACACGCCCACGUGAUUCCAAAGAUCUGCGACUGCGCACGGUCUACCGCCUCGCGGACAUCAGUUCCAGCAGCUACCUGAAGCUGAGCGAGGAUCUCGAGGAUCGUCUGGGUAGUCAGGAGCUGCGAGUACCCGUCAGCGCCUAUUAUUCCUACGUCUCGCCCAAAGCCAAGUACAGCGUAACCACGCCCACCGAGCUGAGAAGCUUGCGUCCCGUGGCGCUCAGCCGCAGCUUGGUUUUGAGCAAACGGAUCUAGAGAUGUCUCUGAAAGAUUUGAUGAAUCCUGGUUGGAACUUAGUUGAACGUACUCUUAAGAAUAAAUGCAUUCUGUGCACCAUAGUGCCUAA